UAUCCCCAAUCUAGAUUCCCUAGUCCCAAGGCUUCAACAACCGUAACAGUUAAUAUCAACGGUCAAAAACAGCGAAUAUUUUAAUCCGCGCAAGAUCAACGGUCCAUAAUCACCAAAUAUUUAAUUUUGCUUUUUUAACUUAUUCUUUUUCUUCUUCCGUGUGUUUCGUAAACAACCAAAAGCCAGAAAACCAGCUCUCGUUUCUCUCGUUUCCUCUCCAUUUUCUCGGGAAAAAGAAGCAUGGGAAAAGGCCCUGGUCUCUACACCGAUAUCGGCAAAAAGGCAAGAGGUGAUAUUUCAAUUACUUGUGCUUUUUUAGUUUAUCUUUAUUUUUUAAAAUUUUUUCUAAUGUUUUUAUUUAUUUUUUCUUUUCUUAAUUUAGAUCUUCUUUACAAGGAUUACCAGGCCGACCACAAAUUCACUCUCACUACUUACACUUCCAAUGGCGUCGCAAUCACAUCAACUGGAACUAAGAAAGGUGAAUUGCUGUUGGCUGAUAUAAGCACCGAGCUGAAGAACAAGAACAUCACAACCAAUGUCAAAGUUGACACCAGUUCUAAGCUUUUCGCCACUGUUACUGUUGAUGAACCUGCACCGGGUUUGAAGACAAUCUUUAGUUUCAUUGCCCCUGAUCAAAGGUCUGGCAAGGUGGAACUGCAAUACCAACAUGAAUAUGCUGGCAUAAGCACUAGCAUUGGAUUGACUGCAAAUCCCCUUGUUAACUUCUCUGGCGUGGUUGGAAACAAUAGUGUCACUGUUGGGACUGAUCUCUCAUUUGACACUGCCAGUGGUAACUUUACAAAACUGAAUGCUGGGUUGAAUUUCACCCAUUCUGAUCUCAUUGCUUCCUUGACAUUGAAUGAUAAAGGCGACACUCUUAAUGCUUCCUACUACCACAUAGUUAGCCCAUUGACUAACACAGCGGUUGGUGCGGAGCUGAGCCAUAGCUUUUCAAGUAAUGAGAACACUCUCACAAUUGGUACACAACAUGCUCUUGACCCAUUGACAACGGUAAAGGCUCGACUGAAUAACUAUGGCAGAGCAAGUGCUCUGAUCCAGCAUGAAUGGCGCCCAAAAUCGCUCAUCACAAUAUCUGGAGAGGUGGACACCGGAGCAAUUGAAAAAAGUGCUAAAGUUGGGCUGGCCUUGGCACUCAAGCCCUAGGCAAUGGCAAAACUGUUUUUGUUGUGUCAGAUGGAAGGUGGGCCUUAAUUUUGAUUGGUUUGAGAACUUUGGAGAAAAAUAAUGUACUUUCAUGGAUUAUAAAAAUAAUGUUAUUGGCAAACUGAAAUUAGCAAUUUGCUUUGUUGAACAA